AUGCCUCUUAUGGUUUUUGAAAGAGAGAAAUCGUGGAGUCCACAGGACGUAACAGAGGAUAACCGGGAGGAAGCGAUGGAGGGCAUAAGGCAGGUGAUGGAGGGAAUCUCCAUCUCUGCUAUUACAAACGAGAAGGAUGCAGCCUCCAUGCGCAAAAAACUUGAGGAUGUAAUCCUCGGGUGUCAAAGAGCUAUGUUCAGACUUCCAGAUCAGCGGAAGAACAAGGACAAGAAAGAGGAAGGAAAGUCCCACCCAGAGGAGAGGAAAGCUGACGACCGCGAUGUCUCCCGACAAACCCGUUCCGACAGGAAGAAGAGAGGAAAGUCAGGGAACAGAGCGGAAGAAGCUAAGGGAGCUCCAACCAAGCCCGACAAUAAGGAGGAGAUGCCGAAGCCGCAAAGGGUGCCGAGGCAAGCGCAGACGAAGACGCUGCAGAAGAAGGAGCAACCGAGGGAGAAGCAAGAGACUCCCUUGCAGCGUAGAGGCACCUACGCGGAAGCCGCAAAGAAGCCGGCGAAGAGGGUGCAACCUGCGGAUGGGAAAAGCGCACCCCAAAAAUCCAAAGGAAGCAACGAGGGGAAGAACGCUCCCAUGAAAAAGGAAGCUGCGACCCAACCAGCGACGGACAAAGGGAGGGGCUCAGAUCAGCGGAAGCGAAGGACUCCGAGAAGCGAGGCGGUGUCCAUUAUGUUCCCUGCGGGAGAAUUCGCGCAGGGAAUGAGGGACAUUCAGUCCAAGAUCAACUUGGACGAAUUGGGGAUUGGCCCCCUCAAACAAAGGAAGGCCCUAACCGGGGCCCUAAUCCUAGAGGUGGCAGGGGACAAGAAAAUGGAGAAGGCGAACCUGCUUGCCGAGCACAUUCGCAAGGCGGUAGGGAACAAGGAGGGAGUAAGAGUCACGAGACCGUCCAAGAUGGGAGAGAUCCGCAUCAAAGAUUUGAACGAGUUAGUGACUCAAGCGGAACUCCAGGAGGUGGUAGCCAAAGUCGGAGAGUGCGACGGGGCGGAGAUAAAGGUAGGCCAGUUGAAGUCGGCCCCCGGGGGUAUGGUCACAGUGUGGGUGCAAUGCUGCCCACUGGCUGUGGCCAAAAGGAUGGCCGAAAAGAGGAGGGAUAAAGGUGGGAUGGGCGUCGGCAAGGGUAGAAUUGCUCGACGCCCGCCCACUCGUGUGCUUCCGCUGCCUAGAGCGGGGGCACGUGAGGCAGCAGUGCCGAAAUCCCGUCGAUCGAAGUAA